AUGAAUUCUCGCAGACAAUUAGACAUAGCCAGAAGAAUUACAAAAAUACAACAGCCAGUGGGAAAUAAUACCCCGAGUGAAAUUAUAGAAGAAGGGGCCAGAAGAGUUCCAUUAUUUAAAAAAUUAGUGGGUGGCUCACCAGAUGAAAUAAUCCAAAAAGUGUGCUUCUUAAUAAUAAAUGCACAUAAUGAAGAUGACUGGCAAAUUACGUGUAAAGCAGCUGAAUCACUGUUUAUACAAACAAAAGACAUAAGAAUAGUAAAUUCCCUAUUAGAAGCAGCGUAUAAUGAAAAGGACGCCGAUUCUCUUGGGAGUAUUUUCUACUUAAUAAAGAAAGUGGCAAUUCUCACAUGGGGUACCACAGAAAUCCCUGAAGUAAUCAUAAAGCAUGCAUUUACAGGAGAAAAGCAGCAAUAUUUAGCCAUUUCAUUAUCUGAAGCAUUGAAAAUAUCCAGGGACAUUCCUGAUUGGGUAUUAUCACUGAUUAAUUCAUGCACUAAGGCAUUUAAGGCCCAUUUCCUGUCAAAUCUACUCUUAGACAGGAAUAUGCACUUACACUUUGAAAUAGAAAAAUAUUCUUGUUUAUAUAAAUUAGAUGGAGAGUGUACAGAAUUACUCAUUAAUGAUGUAAAGGGCAAAGUUGCAAAACCAGUUAUGAAAAAUAUUGUAAGUUACCUACUACCUCUGAUCUCAUCAAUAAGUUCAUUAUGGGUAUACUUAGAAAUUGACGUAUUAAUCAGAAGAAUCAACGAAUUUACAACAGAUACGAUAAUUAAAGCAUUAAUCCAUUACCAAUUGAAUACGGAUGUAAUAGAUAAGAUUAUAUCUGAAUUAUACCCCAAGAAUAUUCUGGAGAUAGCUGUGGUGUACACGAACAAAGAAUAUAAAUUACCACAGGAACAAAAAAUAUUUCAAAAAAUAGUAAAUAGGGUUAUAUCUGAUCCUAAUGGGAUGUAUACAGCAGACAAGUAUAUGGGAAUACUUGUACUAUUAUCCAUCAGUACGGAAAUCAUUUCUAAAGUAUCCAUGAUAAGUGAUUUAAAUGAAGAAAUAAGAAUGUUUAUACGCACUGUGUUAAGUAUACCAGAAGAUGAAAGUGCAUGUGAAGAAACAGGAGAGAGACUUCUUAUGAAAUAUGUGGAUAUGGCAUGUAAUGGGUCUAUACCGGACAGUAAAGUAGUAAACCUUGCAGUGUGUCAUGGGAUGCAUAUUAUAAAUGAGGCGUAUUCAGAAGAUGACCUUAUGAGAUUACUUAAAACAUCUGAGAGGAAGGAGAUAAUCAGGCUAUUACUGAAAUUACUCCAGGAUAAAUCUGAUUCUGUGGUUUUGAAUAAGUGCUGGGAACAUUCAAAUAUUCGGUGUACAAGCAUAAACACAAAGGAGCACACGAUUAAAAUUGAAGAAAUAAUUGAAUUCUCUGAAGAGGUCACUGAAAGAGACGAGUUAAUUAGAUCUGUUUAUAUUUGCAGUAUACUUAGUACACUUCCCGUACUACUCCAGAAGAAAGUGUUAAUGAGCAUAAACUUAUCAAAGAGUCUGUGGAGUAUUAUCAUAAAUGAUUAUAGGAAAUAUGAACCGUACGUCCUUGCUGGACUAACUAACAGUACAAGUAUGUGGCAGGGUAUUUCCUGUAGUAAACCCGAAUAUUUAUCACAGGAUAUUUCAUGUGUCCAGGGAGAUAUCACUCUGUUCUUAAUACUGCACAUAAUAGAUACGAAUUAUCCAAUACAUUACGUACAGAUAAUAGAUAGAAUGAAGAUCUUGCACAGUUCAUUACCAAAUGAGACUGUUUCUAAAUGGGCAUACAAUAAGAGUACAAGAACACUUACAUAUAAAGGAACAAGUGCACAUAUCCGCCCAGAAGUGAUGCCUAACGAAAUAGAAGAUUUACUUAGUAAGGAUACAGAAUGUAUACGCAGCAGUAUAAUAUACGAAAUAGUACAGGAGUAUAUGUACACCCUCCUUAAAAGAGACAGUUUCAGAGAGUAUGUCGUACACGCACUUAUAGGAGACUUCCUGGAAAUGAAUGAAAAAUUAAGAAUCCAUUUGGAAACACUCCCUGAUAAACCCAGGAAAGUACAAAUGAUCUUAAAUAAUUAUACUAAGAAGUCCAUUACGAUCCCUGUACAUUCACCCUGUGAAAAGAGGCACAGUGACCCACACGCACACACCCUGAAUAAAAAACAAAGAAAAGUCCCCAUAAUAACACUUACACCAGAACAGGAGGAAGCCGCAUUAAAUGAAGAAUUAAAAAGGACAGGGAUCUUAGCAGCACAACUUGCAGUGUCAAAAACCGCAAAUGCACACACUGAAAAUGACUGUGACUCAGAGAAUCACACAGCCCAGAAUAAAAAUGGACUGCAAAUAAAAGUAUUCACAGCCUUACAGAAGUACACACAGGAACAAAUAAAUACGUCCGCAACCUAUUUCUGUAAAGAAUUGGAGAGGUACUGGAUCAAGGACAGAGAAAAAAUAUCCUCACAUUUUGAUGCAGUAGUCAGAAUUAUCCAUUUGUUCUCAAAAGCAGAUGGAAUUGAUAGACUCAUCCCAAUUAUAAGUGGAUAUUUGAAUACGUCGUAUAUAAUUGACCCUUCUGCACUGGAUACACUUAAAGACAUCACCACGGCCGUAUUUAAAAAAUACUCUACAAAGAGGGCAUGUACGCUGUUGAAUAAUUCAUUCACUGACUGCAGGGUACUUGAAGUGUACACAUUCGCACUUAAAACACUCCCAUCUGGCAGGAUUGAAACUAUCCUUAAGUCACAAGAACCAAGUAAUUUAUUGCACCAAGCAGCUGUACGCGUAAUUAUUGCACGUAGGGAUGAUCCCGUAUAUAAAUUAGCACUAAAUCAGGCACUCACUCAAUUACACAGUAGAAAUGAUAAUGUACUAAAUACGGCACUAACCCUGUUAAAGGAGGAGUACAUAAAUAACCCGAAUUCUGACAUCUCCAGUGAAAUAAUCGAUAAUUCCGUGCGGUUAUUAAGGAUGCGUACUAAAUUAGACUCAGCCGGGGUUAUUGCACUGGAAAUAAUAAGGUCUGCCGUAUUUAACAAUAAUUACGUACUGGAUCAUAACUCAAAAGAAGAAUUAAUUAGCAGUAUAAAGUACGAUUUGUAUAAUUAUAAGGAUAUCCUAACGUAUUUCAUUAAUGAAGUCCCAUCAAAUGAGUUUUUAGAGAUAAUUAGUCAUGUAAAUUCACCCACGUCAAAAUCCAUCCGCAGUACAAUUAAGCAAAUAAUCAUGGAGUACACUCCACCCAGUGAUAUUGGUCAUGUUAUAUUCAGUAGACUAAUUGAUCAGGCUAAGGAGGGGACAGUCUCAGAUAAGUUAUUUAUUAUAAAUUUACUCAGGGAGGUAUUGGAAAAAUAUUCGCAGGGUGCUUGGCUUACGGUAUUUAUAAAGGUAUGCGAGCUGAUUGGGAAUGAGUGCAGGGAGUCUGUGGUAGAAGGACUAUUAUUAUUACUUAGGGAUAUUAUUGAGAAAUCCCAGGCCAAGAAGAGGAUUAAAAAUAUUUGCAGGGAGUGGCGGGAUAAUCCUAAAUUGAAAGAUCUUGUUGAAAAAGUGAGAAGUGUACUGAAAUAACC